GUUAACGAAAACUUUAACAUAUUGAUAUUUCUGUUCUUGUAGCCCUUUUUCGAGAUUGUCUGGGCUGAAAAGGUUAUAAUAAUUCCCAUCGAUCGUAUUACCAUCUACAUUUUAUGUUUCGUGUUAUACCUAAUAUGACCGCAUCAUAAACCUUAGAGCGCUCUGCACUUUCACUCCAAAAUAACACACAAGAAUAAAUAUUGUUCGAAGAUUUACCUUCGACAUAGUCUGCCGUAAAACUUAUGUCUGUACAAACAUGCCUUCUAAUUCCGUAUAGCGCGAUUCCACCUGACGCAAGUUAUUAAGGCUUGCCAAGUGAAGCCAAACUCGCCAAUGCAAAUAAAAAUAGAAAAAUCUUACAACGACAACGUGCUGCAAAAUAUUUAUUUCACAGUUUACGUGGUGUUACCGACCUCGCGUUGAAUAAUGAACAACAUUUAAUAAAAAAGCUGAAAAAUCAACAGAUAACACGAUCGUGUACCAUCCUAUAACGAAUUUUAAUUGUUCAAGAUCCCGUUCAAUUAACAAUAACGUCUACUCGCAAGAUGUUUUCAGUCCAGAUAAAGUUAAGUUAUACGUUAGUGUCGGUUUUGGCAGUGAACCUGCUAGCUACCUCAGGGGACAUCACGAUGACCUGGACCUCGCCUAUUUACCCGAAGCUUCAUAGCAACGAUUCAACUAUUAAUCCUAUUGGUAGAGAGAUAACCAGAGACGAAGAUGGAUGGAUAGGCUCAUUAGUGAAUGUUGGGGCCAUGUUCGGCCCUUUGCCCUUCAGUUUCGUCUCGGAGAGGUUCGGAAGGAAGAUUGGACUGCUGAGCAUCGCCAUACCUCACAUCAUCGCCUUCAUGACCAUGGCAUUUGCUGAGAGCGUAUACCUCUUCUAUCUCGGAAGGUUACUCGGAGAUUUAUCAGACAGCCCUCGCUUGUCGCUCCAAAAGUGUCAAAGAACCUCGACAACGCGAAAACCAACCCAGAAAGUAUAGGAAUCAGCCUACAUAAAGUUAAACAACAAUUUUCUUUCCAAUUACUCUAUAGAUUGUGACCCAAUUUCAUUGUCUAUGCUUGAAGCAAAGAUAUACCUGUAUGUGUUUUUUA